AUGAACAUGGAAGCCGCCAUUGCUCUUUGUCUCUCAAAUCUCGUUCUUCUUGUACAAUCUUCAAUUUUUACUGCAUUAAUUUUCUCUGUUUGGGCUUGCCAUCUUCUUAUAGACGGACGGAAAAUGAAGUAUGUUUUGGUGACUGGAGGAGUGGUUAGCGGUUUGGGGAAAGGAGUGACUGCAAGCAGUAUUGGUCUCAUCCUUAAGGCCUGUGGACUUCGCGUUACUUCCAUCAAAAUUGAUCCCUACUUGAAUACUGAUGCCGGGACAAUGUCGCCUUUUGAGCAUGGAGAAGUGUACGUUUUGGACGAUGGAGGAGAGGUUGACCUUGACCUUGGAAACUAUGAGCGCUUUCUAGAUAUAAAAUUGACGCGCGACAAUAAUAUAACUACUGGAAAAAUUUACCAGUUUGUUAUUGAUAAGGAGAGAAGGGGAGAUUAUCUGGGAACUACUGUUCAGGUUGUACCUCACAUUACAGAUGCCAUCCAAGAGUGGAUUGAACGUGUGGCUCUUAUACCAGUGGAUGGAAAAGAGGGUUCAGCUGAUGUUUGUGUCAUAGAAUUGGGUGGCACUAUUGGCGAUAUCGAGUCAAUGCCCUUCAUUGAGGCUUUGGGACAGUUCUCAUAUCGAGUGGGAGCUGGCAACUUUUGCUUGAUACAUGUUAGCCUUGUGCCUGUUCUGGAUGUUGUUGGUGAGCAGAAAACAAAGCCAACACAGCAUAGUGUUAGAGGGCUACGAAGCCUGGGAUUGAUUCCAAAUAUUUUAGUUUGCCGCAGCACCACGGAACUCGACGUGAAUGUCAAGGAAAAACUUUGCCGUUUUUGCCAUGUUCCGUUAGAGAACAUCAUCACCCUCUAUGAUGUUUCCAACAUUUGGAACGUGCCUUUGCUUUUGCAAGACCAGAAGGCUCAUGAGGCAAUUUUGAAAGCCUUGAACCUCAAAAGUGAUUGUCUCAAACCUGAUUUGGUAGAAUGGACAUCUAGGGCAAAUCUCUGUGAUACGUUGCAUGAGCCUAUCAGAAUUGCCAUGGUUGGAAAGUACACUGGCCUUACAGAUUCUUACCUUUCUGUGCUGAAGGCUCUUUUGCAUGCUUCAGUUGCUUGCCGUCGGAAAUUAUGUAUUAAUUGGGUUCCAUCCAGUGACCUUGAAGAUGCCACUGCAAAAGAGAAUCCCGAUGCCUAUAAAAGCGCUUGGAAUUUGUUGAAGGGGGCUGAUGGUGUACUAGUUCCUGGAGGAUUUGGUGACAGAGGUGUGGAGGGUAAAAUUCUUGCUGCAAAGUAUGCCCGCGAAAACAGGAUCCCUUACUUUGGAAUAUGUCUAGGAAUGCAAAUAGCUGUGAUCGAGUUUGCACGAUCUGUCCUUGGACGACAAGAUGCAAACAGCACAGAGUUUGACCCAGAUACUCAAAACCCUUGUGUUAUAUUUAUGCCAGAGGGUUCAAAAACUCAUAUGGGAGGCACCAUGCGCCUUGGAUCAAGGAGGACAUACUUUCAGAGUACCUCAAGUAUAUCUUAUAGGCUAUAUGGAAACAAAAGCUUUAUUGAUGAGAGACAUCGACACAGAUAUGAGGUAAAUCCGGAUAUGGUUCAGCAACUUGAAGAUGCUGGUCUCUCAUUUACUGGCAAAGAUGAAAGUGGCGAUCGCAUGGAGAUCAUCGAGCUGCCCAGUCAUCCUUACUUUAUUGGCGUUCAAUUUCACCCGGAGUUUAAAUCGAGACCAGGGAAACCAUCUGCUCUUUUCAUAGGACUUAUAGCAGCAGCAUGUGGCCAGCUGGAUACUCUUUUGAAGAAAAGUGCUACAAAGACACGCCGAAUGAGCAAUGGUACCUCAGCAAAAGCACACCUAUAUGAGAAUGCAACUAAGCUAGCGAAUGGCUCUUUAGAUGGCAUUUACUGCAAUUGGAAUGGUUUGCAUGUUUGA